UUACCCUGUGAGGAGAAUGUAACCCUCCGGCCAUAUAUCUGGAGGUGAGUUACCCUGUGAGGAGAAUGUAAACCCUCCGGCCAUAUAUCUGGAGGUGAGUUACCCUGUGAGGAGAAUGUAAACCCUCCGGCCAUAUAUCUGGAGGUGAGUUACCCUGUGAGGAGAAUGUAAACCCUCCGGCCAUAUAUCUGGAGGUGAGUUACCCUGUGAGGAGAAUGUAAACCCUCCGGCCAUAUAUCUGGAGGUGAGUUACCCUGUGAGGAGAAUGUAACCCUCCGGCCAUAUAUCUGGAGGUGAGUUACCCUGUGAGGAGAAUGUAAACCCUCCGGCCAUAUAUCUGGAGGUGAGUUACCCUGUGAGGAGAAUGUAAACCCUCCGGCCAUAUAUCUGGAGGUGAGUUACCCUGUGAGGAGAAUGUAAACCCUCCGGCCAUAUAUCUGGAGGUGAGUUACCCUGUGAGGAGAAUGUAACCCUCCGGCCAUAUAUCUGGAGGUGAGUUACCCUGUGAGGAGAAUGUAACCCUCCGGCCAUAUAUCUGGAGGUGAGUUACCCUGUGAGGAGAAUGUAACCCUCCGGCCAUAUAUCUGGAGGUGAGUUACCCUGUGAGGAGAAUGUAACCCUCCGGCCAUAUAUCUGGAGGUGAGUUACCCUGUGAGGAGAAUGUAAACCCUCCGGCCAUAUAUCUGGAGGUGAGUUACCCUGUGAGGAGAAUGUAAACCCUCCGGCCAUAUAUCUGGAGGUGAGUUACCCUGUGAGGAGAAUGUAAACCCUCCGGCCAUAUAUCUGGAGGUGAGUUACCCUGUGAGGAGAAUGUAAACCCUCCGGCCAUAUAUCUGGAGGUGAGUUACCCUGUGAGGAGAAUGUAACCCUCCGGCCAUAUAUCUGGAGGUGAGUUACCCUGUGAGGAGAAUGUAACCCUCCGGCCAUAUAUCUGGAGGUGAGUUACCCUGUGAGGAGAAUGUAACCCUCCGGCCAUAUAUCUGGAGGUGAGUUACCCUGUGAGGAGAAUGUAAACCCUCCGGCCAUAUAUCUGGAGGUGAGUUACCCUGUGAGGAGAAUGUAAACCCUCCGGCCAUAUAUCUGGAGGUGAGUUACCCUGUGAGGAGAAUGUAACCCUCCGGCCAUAUAUCUGGAGGUGAGUUACCCUGUGAGGAGAAUGUAACCCUCCGGCCAUAUAUCUGGAGGUGAGUUACCCUGUGAGGAGAAUGUAACCCUCCGGCCAUAUAUCUGGAGGCCUAUGAGGAGUACACCAGUAAGCUGGAUGCUCUGCAGCAGAGGGAGCAGCAGCUGCUGGAGGCCAUGGGAAACGGGACAGACUUCUACUCCUCCUCUCCUACGCCCCCUUCCCUCCUAGAUGGGGGUUUGAGCUGUUCUGGGGGAUCCGGGGGCACCCAGUUCCUUCUCCCCUCCGCCCCAAACACCCUGGCUGUCCUCCAGACCCCUACAGACGGACGGGCCAAUCCCCGCUCCCCUCAGAAACCCAUCGUCAGGGUGUUCCUGCCCAACAAACAGCGGACCGUGGUCCCAGCCCGCUGUGGCAUGACAGUCAGAGACUCUCUGAAGAAGGCUUUAAUGAUGAGGGGACUAAUCCCUGAGUGCUGUGCUGUCUACAGGAUACAGGAUGGAGAGAUGAAGCCUCUUGGCUGGGACACGGACAUCUCCUGGCUGACAGGGGAGGAGCUACACGUGGAAGUGCUGGAGAACGUUCCUCUUACCACACACAACUUUGUGAGGAAGACCUUUUUUACGUUGGCAUUCUGCGAUUUUUGCCGGAAGCUUCUGUUCCAGGGGUUCCGAUGUCAGACGUGUGGCUAUAAGUUUCACCAACGUUGCAGCACAGAGGUGCCGCUCAUGUGUGUCAACUACGACCAGCUAGAUUUGUUGCUGGUGUCGAAGUUCUUUGAGCACCACCCCAUCACCCAGGAGGAGGUGUCAUCAGAGGGCACCACCCCCGUGUCCGAGGUCUACCCUUCACUGCCUCCGUCCGACUCCACCGGGUCCCUGUGCCACACCAGCGUGUCCCCGUCCAAGUCCAUCCCUAUCCCCCAGAAUUUCAGGCCCGGAGAAGAGGACCACAGGAACCAGUUUGGACAGAGAGACCGCUCGUCCUCCGCUCCCAACGUCCACAUCAACACCAUCGAACCCGUCAACAUAGACGACUUGAUUCGAGACCAAGGUUUACAGAGGUCAGAAGGAGGGUCGACUGCAGGGCUGUCGGCCACGCCUCCGGCCUCGCUGCCUGGCUCAUUGACCAAUGUGAAGGCUCCUCAGAAGUCUCCGUGUCCACAGAGAGAGAGGAAGUCAUCGUCCUCGUCUGACGACCGCAAUAAGAUGAAAACCCUGGGCAGACGGGACUCUAGUGACGACUGGGAGAUCCCAGAAGGUCAGAUCACCCUGGGUCAGAGGAUAGGAUCUGGAUCCUUUGGAACCGUUUUCAAGGGCAAGUGGCACGGCGACGUGGCGGUAAAGAUGCUGAACGUUACAGCUCCCACCCCACAGCAGCUACAGGCCUUUAAGAACGAAGUGGGAGUCCUCCGGAAGACGCGUCACGUCAACAUCCUGUUGUUCAUGGGUUACACCACCAAGCCUCAGCUGGCCAUCGUGACCCAGUGGUGUGAGGGCUCCUCCCUCUACCACCACCUACACAUCAUAGAGACCAAGUUUGAGAUGAUCAAGCUCAUAGACAUCGCCCGGCAGACGGCACAGGGCAUGGAUUAUCUGCACGCCAAAUCCAUCAUCCACAGAGACCUGAAGAGCAACAACAUCUUCUUACACGAGGACCUGACGGUGAAGAUAGGAGACUUCGGCCUGGCCACAGUGAAGUCACGCUGGAGCGGCUCCCACCAGUUUGAACAGCUCUCUGGCUCCAUCCUGUGGAUGGCCCCAGAAGUGAUCCGCCUGCAGGAUAAGAACCCUUACAGCUUCCAGUCUGACGUUUACGCCUUCGGGAUUGUUCUCUAUGAGUUGAUGUCUGGGGCCUUGCCCUACUCCAACAUCAAUAACAGAGACCAGAUAAUCUUCAUGGUGGGUCGGGGCUACCUGUCUCCUGACCUCAGUAAGGUGCGCUCCAACUGUCCUAAAGCCAUGAGGAGGCUGAUGGCUGACUGUAUGAAGAAGAAGAGAGAGGAACGGCCCCUGUUCCCUCAGAUCCUGGCGUCCAUUGAGCUUCUGGCGCGUUCUUUACCCAAGAUCCACCGCUCCGCGUCGGAACCCUCACUGAACCGAGCCGGGUUCCAGACGGAGGACUUCAGCCUGUACGCCUGCGCCUCCCCCAAAACCCCUAUACAGGGGGGAUAUGGGGAGUUUUCAGCAUUUAAAUAAGAUGCUGAUCCAGAUUCCACCAGUCAGCCAGUCCAUCCCUCGUCACUCUUCAACAAGUCUUGUGUUCCUGCCGUGGAUUUCUUCAUCCAUUAACCAAAAACCAACAUACUAGUCUCAAAGAACGUGCUGUUUUCUACUUCCCACACCUGAAGAGACAAGACGGCUUCUUCCUCUCUCCGCUCCACGUCUCAGGAGUACUACAGAUGAUUUCUCUGCUGGGGGAAUCACCACAUCGAAAAAACUUUUACAAAAUCUGAUUAAAAAAUAGGAAAAACUUGAAUGACACAUAUAGCAGAUACACAAAUGAAGACACACUGAAGAAAUGUUACACCAAACCAGAGGAAGAAGGGAAUCGUGCAAAAGGAGAGAACAGCACUUCUUGACUGUAGGUCUGAUGAAGGAGGAGUGUAACUGAGAGCACAAGGACAGGAUUGGGGUUAGGGGGUCAAGAGAGGUUAGAGGUUGAGGGUUUGGGCAGCACACCCCUUCUCAUUCCCCUCCCUGACGAAGAGGGGCGGCGCUACAGGCACAGGAAACCACACUUCUUCCCUGCCUGCUCAUUGGUUACCUGAGAUGAAGGGGCCAGGUCUAAGCCAAUCGCUGAUAAGCUGGAUUUCACGGGGGUGGAGUCGACCCUGUGGGAAGAGGACUUGAAAGAUUAAUUUAUUGAAGAAAAUAAAUCCCCAGUUCUUGUUUGUUUUUGGGAUUUUAAGGAUAUUGGUGGGGGGGGGAUGCUGUUCUGAGCUUUUCUUUGUUGGCGAGAUCGUUAAUGUUUUUACUGUCACUACAAAGCAUUCCUACCCGGUGAUAGGCCACACGCGAAUACACUCGACUCAAGCUUCACUGAAAGGACAGAGGUUCUGAGACUUUCCCUCGCCUCUCACAGAUCUGUCCAUUUUCGAAAUGAAGGAUGCCCUUUCCACAUUUUUGCCAGACUCCGGGAUCUUGCCUUGUCAUUUGCCUCAACAAAACUCCAUGUUUUAACCCCUGUUUUGGAUCAUUUGAUAGCUGAUGUGGAGUCGACCAGAAAACGCCAGCAUCAGCUUUUCAGGUAUACAGUAAUGUUCAACCUAACUUCCUUUUCCCCUGAAAACCAGAAGUGGGGGAACUCACCCUCGCUACGUUAGCGUCAUAAAGAACCUUUUUUUUUUAAAUCAGCCGAGGAUUGUUAUUUUGAAGGGAUAGCACAUCGCUUUUAUCAACAGGUUUGUUAGAAAGAAACUGUGAAUCUAAGAUGGCUGCCAGUGCCUCUUUAGACUUGGUGUUUUGGGGGGGAAGGGGGCGGGAGAGCCCAAUCCUCUAUUACGGAGUCUACAGGGGUGUGGAGGACGGGGAGUCUCUCUGACCGACAUGCCACACGUUUGACCAUCUUUAUUUUGGAGAAGGGGGGGGGACGGACUUUUUGUAGUGAGUUUGUACGAGGAAGGAUGGAAGCUACAAGAACACCGUACAAUGGGACUCCCUCUAUCUGAAGGUCCGAGUGAAGUCUGAAGGAAGGAAGAUCCCAGGCUACGUCCCAAGAUUCCCGCUCGGAAGUGAACGAUUGAAUAGGGUUCUGCUUUAGUCUACAUGUUGGAUAGCAGCUGCUUGUAGUCUGAGGUUUUACAUUGCAUUAUUGUUUUUUUUAAUCACAGACACAGGAAGCAGAAGCUCAAUUCACCUGUUUGCACCUGUAAACAAGAUGGCUGCUAUCACCUUCCUGCCUGCUGAAAGACUAGUGGGAUUUUAAUGGUUUGUUUUGUUGUUGUUGGGAGUAGGUUAAAGUUGCCCCUGGACUGAUUGGAUGUCCCUCACCGUUGGUUAAGGUUCUGAUUGGGGUAGGAGCAGCUGAUCCUAGACCUGUACCAAGGGGAAACUUCACUCCGAAGCUGUGUUUUUGAGUGGGGGAUUAAAAUGGAAUCUGUGGUCUGA